AUUUAAAGCCCCAGUGCAACGGGUUUGAAAAGUUUUAUUUUCUUUGCUUAUUUGUGAGAUUGCCGGUGGGAGUUAUCAACCAUAGGCACCGCGGCCCCCAUCGCGCCGUCGUUUCUAACACAGCGCGCCAAACGUAUCGGGUUUCCCCGAGGUCGGCAAAGUUGGUGGAUGACGUCAUGUGACGUCACACGGGGUACUCCCGCCUCCUCGCCAAGACGGUAGCCAAAAUGGCGGGCGCAGAUCGUGACACGACCGAUCUCGACCAGGCUGUGCCGUUUUUGCCGUAUCAAUUCGAGCCCGAGGCAGGGGAGGAUGACAGCGACACGGCAGAAGUAGAAGAUCGUGGAAAUGCGGAGCGGCUGACCUCAUUGACCUGGUGUACAUGUGGCCACUGCGUUAUCAUGCCCACAGCGGCAGAGUGCAUUUGCUGCCAUGAGCUGUCACCGAUAAAUGACAAAAGGCACCAGCUUGUGACACCUGUCCCAGACUGCAUUACCCUGCACCCUGGGUUUAGGUCAAUCUGCCUUGACAUCUGGUGUCUUCAGUGUGCUUACUUUCAAUAUAGACAGGAGUAUGGGCCCAGUCAAGAUCCAACUCAUGAGAGAUACAGAUACGUUGCGUACCGACAGUUGGUGAGGUGGUGUUGGGGGUGGCUAGGAGCCAGGAUAAGAGUUAUCAACCCUGCCUGUGCGGUCAAGAAGAUUAGAGAGACCUUCCCGUCAGCACAGUAUACAGGAUUCAAAUAUCCACCUUUAGAUUAAUUCACUGGAGUCAAAGGGAAUUAGGGUCUAACU